AUGAAUCGCCUCAAUGGAAUCACAAGAAUACCCGUACGGGGCGCUGCGGCGUUGAGCAGAACGAGACCAGCCGUGGCAGUCCUCCCAACCUACGUCAGAGCUCUGAGCACCACGGCAGCUUCCCCGACCACAAAACCAGACGGAAGAGAACGAGUUGUGAUCCUGGGUUCCGGCUGGGCCGGCUAUGCCCUUGCCCAGACCAUCAAGCCCUCGAAAGCAUCACGGGUGCUCAUCUCGCCGCGGUCGCACUUUGUCUUUACGCCGCUGCUGGCCUCGACGACAGUCGGCACGCUCGAAUUCCGCGCGAGCAUCGAACCGGUGCGCCGCCUGGGCCUCGACGAGUUCCACCAGGCGUGGGCGUCGGACAUUGACUUUGCCAGCAAGACGAUCCGGCUCGAGGCCAACACGAUGAGCGACACGGCGGGCACCAAGACGUCGACGCUCAAGGGGCCCGUCAAGGGCCCCGAGUUUGACAUAACCUACGACAAGCUCGUCAUCGCCGUCGGCUGCUACAGCCAGACGUUUGGCAUCGAGGGCGUGGCGCAGCACGCCAACUUUCUGCGCGACGUGGGCGACGCGCGCGACAUCCGCCUCAAGGUGCUGACGGCGUUUGAGCGGGCCGACCUGCCGUCGACGACGGACGCGCAGCGCCGCGAGCUGCUCAGCUUCGCCAUCGUCGGCGGCGGGCCGACGGGCAUCGAGUUCGCCGCCGAGCUGCACGACCUGGUGCACGAGGACCUGGCCAAGCUGUACCCGGCGCUGAUGCCGUUUGUGCAGGUGACGGUGUACGACAUUGCGCCCAAGGUGCUGCCCAUGUUCGACCAGGCGCUGGCGACGUACGCCAUGGACCUCUUCCACCGCCAGGGCAUCCAGGUCAAGACGGAGCACUCGCUGCAGGCCAUCCGCCGCGAGGGCGACAUCCUCAAGCUGCGCAUCAAGGGCCAGGCCGACGAGGUCGGCGCGGGCCUGCUCGUCUGGAGCACGGGCCUGACGCAGAACCCGCUCGUGGCGAAGCUCCUGGAGCAGGACAUUCCGGGGCUGGGCAGGAUCGUCAAGGAUGCGCGCUCCGGCGGCAUCACCACGGACGGGCACAUGCGGGUGCUGACGCGGCAGGGCGGCCGAGGCGAGGAUGGCCCGCGCGCGCCGCUGCCCGACGUGUAUGCCAUUGGCGACUGCACCGUACAGGAGGAGCACCGGCUGCCGGCGACGGCGCAGGUCGCGAGCCAGCAGGCGACGUGGCUCGGCAAGCGCAUCAACAAGGGCGACCUGGACGCCGCGGGCGAGGGCUUCAAGUUCCGCGACUGGGGCGCCAUGGCGUACCUCGGCAGCAAGCGCGCCAUCCACCAGAACGGCGCCGACGGCCUCAAGGGCUGGCCGGCGUGGAUCCUCUGGCGCACCGCGUACCUGACCAAGAGCAUGAGCUGGCGGAACAAGCUCAAGAUUCCGGCGCAGUGGCUCAUCACGGCCUUGUUUGGGCGGGACAUUUCACGGUUCUAA